AUGAUGAUAUGGCAAUCCGCUUUAAGCACUCUGAACCCAAACCCCACCGACAGCUGUCCUCUCUACCUGAAUUACGCCACUGUGGCCGCUUUGCCUUCCAGGGUCAGCCGGCACAACAGCCCCUCCGCAGCGCAGUUCAUCACCCGCCUGGUUAGAAAUUGCCUUCCAGGAGGCGUCAACAGAUGUAUUGUUAUGGUCUGUGAGCGGUCUGAAGUCUUCGCUUCUGCUUGUGCGUUGGCCAGGGCUUUCCCGUUGUUCACACAUCGGUCCAGUGUGUCAAGACGCACAGAGAAGAAAACUGUAACGGUAGAGUUUUUCCUGGUUGGACAAAACAAUGGACCAAUAGAAGUGGCAACACUUAAAUGUCUGGCAAGUGCCACAGAAGGAGUCAGGCUGGCUGCUCGAAUUGUGGACACCCCAUGCAAUGAGAUGAACACAGAUAACUUCCUGGAGGAAAUCAAAAAAGUUGGCAAGGAUCUUGGGAUUACUCCUACCAUUAUUCGAGAUGAGGAGCUGAAAGAGAGAGGCUUUGGAGGCAUCUACGGAGUUGGCAAGGCAGCUCUGCAUCCUCCGGCCCUAGCAGUUCUCAGUCACACUCCAGAUGGUGCUACACAGACCAUCGCAUGGGUGGGCAAAGGCAUUGUGUACGACACUGGAGGACUCAGCAUUAAGGGAAAGACUACUAUGCCUGGAAUGAAACGAGACUGUGGUGGAGCAGCUGCUAUUUUGGGUGCCUUCAAAGCCGCUGUAAAGCAAGGUUUUAAAGACAAUCUUCAUGCCGUUUUUUGUUUGGCCGAGAAUGCAGUCGGACCACGUGCAACAAGGCCUGAUGACAUUCAUGUUCUUUACUCUGGAAAAACUGUGGAAAUCAAUAACACUGAUGCAGAAGGCAGACUGAUACUGGCUGAUGGAGUAGCUUAUGCGUGCAAAGAUCUUGGAGCCGAUAUCAUUCUUGAUAUGGCCACUCUCACUGGAGCUCAGGGAAUUGCUACAGGGAAGUAUCACGCUGCUGUCCUUACCAAUAACGAAGAGUGGGAAAAGGCUUGUGUUAAAGCUGGCAGGAACUGUGGAGACUUGGUCCAUCCUCUUGUGUAUUGCCCUGAGCUCCACUUCAGUGAAUUUACCUCUGCUGUAGCUGAUAUGAAGAACUCUGUGGCAGACCGAGACAAUACUCCAAGCUCCUGUGCCGGGCUCUUCAUUGCUUCUCACAUUGGCUUUGACUGGCCUGGGGUCUGGGUCCACUUAGACAUUGCAGCGCCUGUUCACGCCGGUGAACGAGCUACUGGCUAUGGCGUGGCUUUGUUGCUGUCCCUGUUUGGAGGGGCAUCUGAAGACCCUUUGCUAAACAUGGUGUCCCCUCUAGGGUGCAAUGGGGACUCUCCCGCUGAAGAUAUGGAGAGGGACUCCAAAAGGCGGCGCCUGGUUUAAUGCGCCCCAGCCCUAAGUGACGGGGUGCGUGGGUUACCUCACUUUGCACUGAUUCAUUCUCAAGCAAUGAAAAUGUCACGCAUCAGAAAUUGCCAUUUUUUUUACUACCGUGAUAAGAUUUAUUACUUGUUUCUGAUAAAAACAGCCUGAUUUCUUGUUUGUUUGUUUUUUUUUUUUUAAAUUAUUGGUGCAGACAGUUGCUGAACAAUAUCAGUGGUGCAGAGUCCAGGCUCAACAAACUAUAUCAGGAAGAGGGCGCAUCCUCCUCUGAGCUCCUCACAAAACCUAACCAAGUGCAUUUAGCGCAUGAGAAGCUCUCUCUAGUCUGAAGAAGCAACUGCAGCUACUGCUUACAAAGCCUUCUGAGUUACUUGUUGUCUGUGAGGUUUUAUCAGACAUUUCUGCAGGCCCCACUACAUCUCAGAGCACAGGACA